CUGAGCUCGCCCAGGCUGUGCCCCGACCCCCACCCAUCAUGAGGAGCGCGCACCCCCUGGUCCUUUUUUCCCUGGUUGCUCUAUGCGGGCGUGGGGUCUGCCGCCGGGCCAACGCCGAGGAGAAGCUCAUGAAUGACCUGCUCAACAAAACCCGCUACAACAACCUCAUCCGCCCGGCCACCAGCUCCUCCCAGCUCAUCUCCAUCCAGCUGCAGCUCUCCCUGGCGCAGCUCAUCAGCGUGAACGAGCGGGAGCAGAUCAUGACCACCAACGUCUGGCUGAAACAGGAAUGGACCGACUACCGCCUGGCGUGGAACAGCUCCCGCUACGAGGGCGUGAACAUCCUGAGGAUCCCGGCCAAGCGCCUCUGGCUGCCUGACAUUGUGCUGUACAACAAUGCGGAUGGGUCCUACGAGGUGUCCAUCUACACCAACGUGGUGGUUCGCUCCAAUGGCAGUGCCAUGUGGCUGCCGCCGGCCAUCUACAAGAGCGCCUGCAAGAUCGAGGUGAAGCACUUCCCCUUCGACCAGCAGAACUGCACCCUCAAGUUCCGCUCCUGGACCUACGACCACACGGAGAUCGACAUGGUGCUCAAGUCGCCCACGGCCAGCAUGGACGACUUCACGCCCAGCGGCGAGUGGGACAUCGUGGAGCUCCCGGGAAGGAGGACGGUGAACCCGCAGGACCCCAGCUACGUGGACGUCACCUAUGACUUCGUGAUCAAGCGCAAGCCGCUCUUCUACACCAUCAACCUCAUCAUCCCCUGCGUGCUCAUCACCUCGCUGGCCAUCCUGGUCUUCUACCUGCCGUCCGACUGCGGCGAGAAGAUGACGCUGUGCAUCUCCGUGCUGCUGGCGCUCACCGUCUUCCUGCUGCUCAUCUCCAAGAUCGUGCCGCCCACCUCGCUGGACGUGCCGCUCAUCGGCAAGUACCUCAUGUUCACCAUGGUGCUGGUCACCUUCUCCAUCGUCACCACCGUGUGCGUGCUCAACGUGCACCACCGCUCGCCCGGCACGCACAGCAUGCCACCCUGGGUCCAGCGCUACUUCCUGCACCAGCUGCCCACUUUCCUCUUCAUGAAGCGCCCGGGCAGCAGCCCCCCGUGCGGCCCCCAGCCCUCCCAGCCCCUCCCGGCCAGGGCCGAGGCUGGUGGCCCUGUCAGCUCCCCCCACCUCUAUGGCAACUCCAUGUUCUUUGUGAAUCCUGCCUCUGCGGCUCCCAAGUCUCCGACGGGCUCGGCCGCUAAGGGGCUCCCCGGAGACCGCCGACUCCCAUCGUCUGGGCAGUUCCAGGAGGAGCUGCAGGAGGCCUUGGAGGGCGUCAACUUCAUUGCCCAGCACAUGCGGAGCGACAACCAAGACCAGAGUGUGGUCGAAGACUGGAAGUACGUGGCCAUGGUUGUCGACCGGCUCUUCCUCUGGGUGUUCGUGGUGGUGUGUGUGCUCGGCACCGGGGGACUCUUCCUGCCCCCCCUCUUCCAGACCCACAUACCUCCCGAGGGGCCCUAGGCUGCCCUGGGGUGGGGGAGGAUGCUAUGUGCUGCAGAGGUUGGUGGCCACUUUCUUUUUUUUUAAUUUUUAAAUUAAUUAAUUUAUUUUUCUUUUUGGAUAAUACCCAGUGAUGCAGAGGGGUUACUCCUGGUGCAUGCACUCGGGAAUUACUCCUGGCCGUGCUCAGGGGACCAUAUGGUAUGCUGGGGAUCCAACCCAUGUCGGCCGUGUACAAGGCAAAAGCCCUACCUGCUGUGCUAUCUAUCACUCCAGCCCCCAUGGUCACUUUCUCCUGGUGGACACUGACUGAGACCAAAAUCAUGAGAGCCACAGCCAACAGCCCUUCCUGUGCCCAUGGUGGGGGUGAGGCUGCAGACCUGGGCUAAUCUCUGCCAGAGCCUUGGAGGGACCCAGGAAACCUUGGUACAAGGGGGCUUUUCUUCAGCAGAGGGCAGCGCCCACUGUGAGCUGGCCUGCGCCCCCCCACCCCACCCCACCCCCACUUUCAGCCCCCACACCCCGGCGGCUUCCUUCCCAGCUCUGAGCCUUCACAUCUGCUGACAUUCCCCACCCCACCCCCACCCCUCUCCUGACACUGCCUCCCUGGGGCCUUGGGCCACCCAUCAUUCCAUGCCCCCUCUCCUGGGGUGCUGUCCCCAUCAUCUCUUCUAGAGCCUUCUCCGAAUGCCACCUUUUCUGUGCUCCUCCACACCCAUGGCUCUUCUUCCUGGCUGGUGUGUUGAACUGACCUCACACCCAGGGGGAGAGCCAGGAUCCGGCUCAGCAUGCAGUGGGACCACAGUCGGUGCUUGCUCAGCACACAGUGGGAGCUCAAUGUUUGCUCAAUGAGUGAGUGGCUCCUCUUCCUCCUUCAAACUGGGGUGCCCCACACUCCUCUGAACAACCACCCCUGCUCCCCCACCUCGCCCAGCACUACAUCAGUCAGCGCCUUCUGUUUGAGGUCACACUAGGGCCCAGCUCACCUUCCUCAUAGUUGCCCAGACUGCCCCAUGCACUGUGCCCAGUCUGUAGUAGCCACUCAGUAUGUGCGGAAUGCUGAAGGACAUUCCCCCCUCCCAUCCAUUUUUUGAGAUAACCCUACAAUGAAAUUGAUUUGAUAGACAGCCUUGUGAAUUUCAGUUCAUGUCAUGUGAUCAGGAGUAGCUGUACCCAAUAUCUCGUCAUCCCUCAGGCACCCCACCACACACACACCCUGGAAACAACUUCUAAUUUUUCUAUUACUUUAGUCUUUUCAGAUUGCCCUCCCACCCCUCAACUCACACACAUACACACACACACACACACACACACACACACACACACACACCAGUUUUACAGUGUCAGGGAUAGACCCCAAGCCUAAAACAGUACACAUCAAACACACAAACAUCCCUGUCUGUCAAG